AUAUUUGCUAAGCUUUGGGUAUUCUGAACGUUGCUGCAACUGCUUCCCCUUGCCGGGGAUCCCGCAGUUGCCCAAAACUUGUGCGAAAGGGGCAGGGGGGAAAAAGCCCACACUACCCAGACAACCCAAAUAACAACAACAACAACAGGGCGGCUGCCUGUGUGGCACGUAAGCAAGCCCUCUUGCUCCUUUGCAGAGCUGGCGUUUCCCAACCAUGUGGAAGACCCGCUAGAGGGAACUUUGUGCCAAUAGAGCGCCCUGGGCUAACCAAAGCGAAGGAGCAGCUCGAUUUCAUGGACAGUACCUGAACCUUGGCUCGAGCACUUGGGGGAGCUGGCUUCUGUUUUCGGUUAGAUCUUCGCUGCUCGGACAAAUGCAUACAAAUGCAUUUAGGAGCUCAAAGGACAAGGAGUGGAAGCAUCUCUCCCACAGCAAAAACGAGAACCCUCCUCCUCUUUCUUGCAACAUGUAUAGCUGUGGGUGCUCCGCAAAUACAAGAAAAAGGCAUAGAUGUUCUUCAUCAUUUAGGUCUAAGUGGGCAAGCUAUGCAUCACCAAUCAACAGGGACUACACUGCCUUUUCCACGUACUUCAUUACCUCAGGGGGUUCAUUUGAGUGCCUCAGGAGUUGUUUUGUCCACAGAAACAGCCAUUGAGGAGCCCAUUCCUCAAGUGAUAGUGUCACGUGUCGGCUCCCAGUUUGCCGUAUUGAUUAGCUUACGCUCUUACAAAGUAAACAAUGCCUUUCUUUUCAGUAUUAGAAAUAAAAAUAGACUGCAGUUUGGUAUACAGUUGCUACCAAGGAAGAUAAUGGUGCACACUGGAGGGAAGCAGUCUGUAUAUUUUGAUUACAGUGUUCAUGAUGAGCAGUGGCACACAUUUGCUAUUGAUGUUACAGAAAAAACAGUGUCCCUGUAUACUCAGUGUGGAAGGAAGCACUUCAGCAGGGAGACUUUUUCUAAAGUACAGCAGUUCAAUUCACAUAGUUUGUUUACCUUAGGAAGGAUGAAUUCCCAUUCAGUCAACUUUGAAGGAGUAAUAUGUCAGCUGGAUAUUAUCCCCUCUGCACAAGCCUUGGCAAACUAUUGUAAAUAUGUGAAACAGCAGUGUCGCCAAGCUGACACAUACCGAUCUCAGAUAACACCUCCAGACACAUCUCUUGGGGUGCUCCCUAGCAAACAGUUGGAAGAAGAAACCAAACCAGAUUACAUGUCAUUCAGUACAAGGAAAGGAGCCUCAAACCAUCAUAUCAACAAAUCUGCAUCUGUCCACAUGCCUGCAGAAUCCCUAGAGACAACUCCCUUGACCCAUCUUUGCUUAGGAAAUAUUACUGCAUUGGAAAUUAUGCCUGAACCAAAUGACCAGGGAAUUGUGAAAGUGUCAAAAAUUCAUCAGCAAGGUGUCAGCAAAAGGAAAGAUGGUCUCCAGACUCUCACAAAAUUGCCUCUGAACCUGACUGACAAUGCCACAGAAGAUACAAGCAGGAAAAAUUAUCCUGAUCUGCUGUUUUCCAUGAAGCAGACUAAAACCAAAAAUACGAUGAAGAACACAUCAAAGCAGUAUUCAUAUGAACCUGUGGAGAUGCAGCAAUUUUUAAACACAACAUUAUACAGGGCUUCUGAUUCUGUGUCUUUAAAUAACCAGUUUGCUUCAAGGGAUGAAGGUACAUUUUCGGUUGAUGAAACUUAUAAUGCAGAAACCAGUUAUGAACUUGAUGGUUACGAUUAUGACUAUGAAGAAUUGGAAAGAAUGUUUGAAAUAGAGAAUCUAAGAGGGCCUAAAGGAAACCCUGGAGAGCCGGGACUCCCAGGUCCUCCAGGAUUACCUGGUCCAGCAGGGAAGAGAGGUCCGAGAGGUAUUCCAGGCCCACAUGGGAAUCCGGGGCUGCCAGGGCUGCCUGGUCCAAAGGGCCCCAAAGGUGAUCCAGGAUUCUCCCCAGGACAAGCAAAGCAGGGAGAAAAGGGUGAUAGAGGACUAAUAGGCUUGCCAGGCCUUGUGGGCAUCAAAGGUGAAAAGGGUCCCAUGGGAUAUCCAGGACCACCAGGGCCAAGUGGGGAGCAAGGAAUUCUAGGAAUGACUGGCAAUCCUGGGGCUCCUGGUUACCCUGGCAGGCAGGGUUUAGCAGGACCAGAAGGUAACCCAGGCCCUAAAGGUGUAAGAGGUUUCAUUGGACCCCCAGGAGUGGCAGGGCUGCCUGGACUCGAGGGAGAAAGAGGUAUUCCAGGUAUACCUGGAAAAAAAGGUCCUAAGGGAAGACAGGGUUUACCGGGUGAUUUUGGAAAUAGAGGCCCACCUGGUCCUGAUGGAAGUCCUGGAACUGUUGGUGGUGUUGGGCCUCCUGGAUUUCCUGGACUUAGAGGUGUCGUAGGACCAGUUGGACCAUCUGGAUCACCUGGAAUUCCUGGACCUCUGGGUGUUCCAGGGAGUAUGGGGCAACCUGGAUUGAAAGGUGAUAAGGGUGAACAAGGCAUUGCAGGCGAACCAGGGGAGCUGGGAUACCCAGGAGACAAGGGUGCUGCUGGUUUGCCAGGACUGCCAGGAAUUAGAGGAAAACCAGGUCCCUUGGGUAAAAUGGGAGAUCCAGGACCACAGGGACCACCAGGCCCUCCUGGACCUGAGGGUUUUCCAGGAGAUAUUGGCGUUCCUGGCUUGAAUGGCCCUGAAGGCCCAAAGGGAUUUCUAGGUGACAGAGGGCCUCCAGGACCACCAGGCCCCAAAGGAGUUGAGGGCGAAGAAGGACCUGUUGGACCUAUUGGAGGAGCUGGACCAAGAGGCAAGCCUGGUCGGAAAGGUUAUGCAGGUGAACCAGGACCAGAAGGCCUGAAGGGAGAAACAGGGGAUCAAGGAAUACUUGGGAAAACUGGCGAAACAGGUCCAAUCGGCUUACCUGGUGAAACUGGAUCAUCUGGAGGCCCUGGAGAGAAGGGAGAGAGGGGUAGUCCAGGCCCAGUGGGUCCUCCUGGAGAAAAAGGUGUUGUAGGAUAUCCAGGAUCUCCAGGUGGCCCUGGGGGUAUAGGGCCACAAGGAUUGCCUGGUCCUCCAGGGGCAAGAGGACCUCCUGGACUACAGGGCUCCAAAGGUCAAAGAGGACCAAGAGGCCAUGAUGGUCCUACAGGAGACCAAGGGACACAAGGAAUUAAGGGAGAGAGUGGUGAUACAGGGAAAAAAGGCAUCCCUGGACUCAUUGGCAAAGCUGGUAACCCUGGAGAAAGGGGUAGCCCAGGAGCAGCAGGUUUGCCUGGUCCUCCAGGAAACACAGGAGACAUUGGUCCUAUGGGUGAGCCAGGAUCAAGGGGACAACAAGGUGAUGCUGGUCCUGUAGGAGAAACAGGCUUUGAGGGACCACCUGGCCCAGAGGGAGAACCAGGGCCACAAGGAGAACCAGGCACAAAGGGAGAUGCUGGACCCAUUGGCAAUGCUGGAGAACCAGGAGAACAAGGCUUAAGAGGUGUGCCAGGACCACCAGGGGAAGAUGGUGUCCAAGGAAAAGAUGGAUCAAAGGGGAGCGUAGGAGACCAAGGACUUCCUGGAGAAGAUGGUGACAAAGGGGAGACUGGAAUUCCAGGAGUGACAGGCCUUUCAGGUGAACCUGGCAUAAGAGGCAUUCCAGGGCGUGAAGGAGCUCCAGGAAGUCCAGGUCAAAGGGGCCGUCCAGGAAAAAAGGGGGAAAAGGGACAACAUGGGCCCCCCGGAGAGAUUGGCGCCACAGGUGACCCUGGCCAGCCUGGAGAAAUUGGUCCAAAAGGUUCCCGAGGAACUAGAGGCCCAAUGGGACAUUUAGGAUCAAUGGGAUCUGCAGGAGAACCAGGAGUUCCAGGUUAUGGGGGUCACCAAGGUCAGCCAGGAGCACCUGGCCCUCCAGGACCUAAAGGAGAGAAGGGUUACCCUGGGGAAGACAGCACAUUACUAGGACCACCUGGGCCCAUAGGUGAACCAGGUCGUAUUGGUGAACAUGGAGAAAAAGGAGAACCUGGAGAUGUAGGUUACAAGGGUCACAUGGGGCUCCCAGGACUUAGAGGUGCUAUUGGACAACAAGGGCCACCAGGUGAGCCAGGUGAACGUGGUGUACCAGGACCAAAAGGAGAGAAGGGAUCUCAAGGUCCUACUGGGAAAAAAGGAAUGAGUGGUCAAGCUGGGAAACCUGGAAUGUCUGGUGAACCUGGUCCUUUAGGCCUGAAGGGUGUACUUGGCUAUCCUGGACCAGAGGGCAUCCCUGGGAAUCCUGGAAGGCCUGGGUUAUCUGGGCAACAGGGCCUUCCUGGUAAUAGAGGAAGCCUGGGACUAGCUGGACUGGCAGGAUAUCCUGGAACUCAGGGAUCAAAGGGGUUACCAGGAAUGCCAGGAAACACUGGACCACCAGGACCAAAGGGUGGAGAAGGGCUUCGGGGUGAUCCAGGAAAGCAAGGUAAAAGAGGUCUUCCUGGGACACAAGGUGAUCAAGGCCCACCAGGAGAUCCUGGCCUGAAAGGGCAUGCUGGAGAAUUCGGAGAUCAUGGUUUGAUGGGAUUUCAGGGAUUCCCAGGUCCCAAGGGCCCUGAAGGUGACCUUGGUUUAAUUGGAAUUUUGGGGCCUAAAGGCCCAGUAGGCCAAAUAGGAAACAUUGGUCCUAUUGGCAAUGAAGGCAUCAUUGGCCCAGCAGGCAAACCUGGACCCAGGGGUGAAAAGGGAUCCAGAGGUGAAAUUGGCCCUCAAGGACCACGAGGUCAUCCAGGUCUACCUGGUCCACCAGGGGCACCCGGUCCAAGAAAGCAAAUUGACAUCAAUGCUGCUAUUCAAGCCUUGAUUGAAUCAAAUGCUGCAUUACAGAUAGAGAGCUACCAAAAUACUGAAGUAACAUUACUGGAUCACAGUGCUGAGAUAUUCAAAACAUUACAUUAUCUUAGCAAUUUACUGCACAGCAUUAAGAACCCUCUGGGAACUCGAGAUAACCCAGCACGUAUCUGCAGGGAUUUGCUUAACUGUGAACGUAAAGUGUCUGAUGGAAAAUACUGGAUUGAUCCAAAUAUUGGAUGUCCUUCUGAUGCCAUUGAGGUUUUCUGCAACUUCACUGCUGGUGGCCAGACAUGCUUAUCACCUGUCUCUGUGGCUAAGUUGGAGUUUGGCAUUGGAAAAGUACAGAUGAACUUUCUUCAUUUACUGAGUUCAGAAGCAAUCCAUUCUAUCACAGUUCACUGUCUAAACACCCCAGUGUGGGGGACUAAUGAAAUACGUGCUCAGAGGCCAUUCGUGAGCUUCAAAGGAUGGAAUGGCCAAAUGUUUGAAGGAAACACUCUGCUUGAACCACAAGUGCUUCUAGAUGAAUGCAUGAUUCAAGAUGGUGGCUGGCAUAAAACCCAAUUCCUUUUUCAUACUCAAGACACCAAUCACCUUCCAGUUGUUCAGGUGCAUACAUUUCCUCAUCUCAAACAAGGACAACAGCAUUACAUAGAAAGUGGCCCAGUGUGUUUUCUCUAGGCUUCUGAAUGUUGUUGGGUUUCUCCCAUUACCAUGGAUUUGCUGCAAGAAAUGAUUGCAAAACUACCGAAGAAAUGUAAAGAAAAAUGUUGGUGAUUUCUAAAUGAAUAUCAGGAAGAAAAAGACUUCCUCCUAAGGAGAUGUUGCUUUAAAAAGAGAGAGAGAGACCUUGACAACAUUAAUAAAAUAUUUAAUUUUUCAUGGGUGCUUUUUAUAUUAUUCCCUGGAACUGAAAACACUACAUAUAUCUGGAAAUUCUUCAGGAAACUGAGUGUUUUUAACCUUCGUAACAGCACUGUCCGGGACAUCUUAAGGAAAGAUAGUGGUGCAGUACUAAGGAGCAACUCUGGCUAAUGCUCCCAAAUGUGCAAUAGCUUGUAUUAUAAUUUGUAUGACAAUCAGUUAUGCCACUAUAAAACAAUUUUUUUCCUCAAACACUUAAGUUGUAUUACAGUCCUUUGUGGACCCAGACGUCUUAACAGAUGAUACACUACCUCUUAUGUGUUUCCUGUUUGUGUUGCCUGGUGCUCUCUGUAUAACUCAAAAGAAUUUGUGGCCUCAGUCAAGAUUAUUUGGAUCCUUUUUUAUUACAUUUUCAGACUGUAUGUGCUGGUUACAUCAAGAGAACUUUUCAUUGUAAAAUUGUGUCUUUAAAAAUAUUUGGUCACAUACUUCAUUAUGAGUGAAAACAUUAUUUAUGUGAAAAUCUUGUUUAAAAUGUUUCUGUCUGUAGACAUGGAAGUGGUACAUGAGGUAGGACAGUGUUUCUGGUGCUUAUAGAAAGAGCAGGAUUUUGUUGUUGUAGAAGGGCCACACAGAGUAGUCCUUUUUUAGGUUUUUGGACUGCAGUUAAAGGUUUUUAGCUAUCAAAGGCCAUCUGCAAUGAUGUAUGUGUAAAUAAACUGUUGAAAAUGUUAACACAGCAUAUAUUUAAAUG